AUGGACCCCACAGAAGUAAAUAUCCCCGACGUCAAGGAUAUGAACAUCGACAACAUCACUAAAAACACCAUCCUCAUAAAUUCUCAGGGGCCCAACGCACGAGUGAAGUACUUGUUUGAGCGCCUGGUCACACAUUUGCACGAUUUCGCCCGUGAGACGCGCUUGAGUACGACGGAAUGGAAAACAGCGCUAGACUUUUUGGUUUCGGUUGGACAGAUUAGUAGCGAUGUGCGACAUGAAUUUAUCCUGCUCUCAGAUAUUCUAGGACUUUCCCUCUUAGUCGACGCUAUCGACCACCCCAAACUGCCUUCUAGCACCGAAGGGUCGGUUCUCGGGCCCUUCCACAGCCAUGAGGCCGAGACAAUCGAGUCCGGAAAGGAUAUUUCAUCGGAUCCGAAUGGAGAGACAUGUCUUGUGAUCUGCACCGUCAAGAAUCCAUCUGGUGCCCCGAUUGAAGGCGUAAAGAUCGAUAUUUGGGAGACAGAUUCUAGUGGGCACUACGACGUGCAGUAUUCUGAGCGCGAGGGACCGGAUGGACGAUGUGUCAUGAAGUCUGAUAAGGACGGGAACUUCUGGUUUAAGGCCAUCGUCCCUGUCAGCUAUCCCAUUCCGCAUGAUGGUCCUGUAGGUCAACUUUUAAAGCUGCUCCACCGACAUCCUUGGAGGCCGGCUCAUAUGCAUUUCAUGUUCGAAAAGGAGGGCUGGGAUCACUUGAUAACUGCAUUAUACAUAACCCCGGACCCGUACCUUACAUCAGACGCCGUAUUUGGAGUGAAAGACUCGUUGAUUGUCAGCCUAGGCAAAGUGUCUGCCAUACAAGCAGCCGAGUACGGCGUCCCAGAAGGAACCGCUUUGAUAACGCACGACUUCGUACUAGUAUCGGAUAAAGAGACGCAGAGUUUAAGAGAUCAGAACGCAUUGAAAGCAGUGGCCGACUUGUUUCCUGGGAAGAAGAUGAAGCUACUGGACCAUUUGCCUGUGCCGGAUGUCGAUUAAGUUAGUGGAGAGUGUCUCAUGUCUGAGGAAUCGUUGAGAUUGCAGCUGCCUAUUCCUUGUUAAUUUUGUG